AAUGUGAAUGAUUUGCUGGUUUCCGCAUCGUCCAGCACAGCUCGUGUUUGUGAGCUGGAGCAUGAGUUGCGUGUUGCACGUGAGUCGUUGGCGGCCGCGUGUGUGAUACGCGAUGAGCAUGCGCGAGUGUGUGCGGCGCUUUCAGCGAGUGAGGAGUUGUGUGCGCGUCGUUCAUCGGAUUUGGCUGUUUCUGGCGUCCUCGUGGAACAGUUGAAUGCCGAAUUGUCGUCGUUGCGCAGUGAGUUGUUGGCGGUACGCGGUGAGAACGCGAGUCUUUGUGAACAGAUUGGUGGCCUAGGGAAUGCGUGCACUGAGUGCGAGAUGUUGCGCUGCCGUCUGACUGAGUCGGAGCAGUCUUUGUCGGAUCGUGUUUCUCGUGCGUUGUGUGAGUUGUCCGGAGAGUACGAGAGUCGACUGGAAUCCGUUCGUUGUGAACGUGAUCAGGCGCUUGCAGAAUUGGAUUGCCUGAAGAGUGGUGUGAUGUCUGUGCCGGUUGAGUCUCGUCUGGUUGUUCCUCCUGUGAUGUCUACGUCAGCGUCGCUGAGGGUGUGCGAGUCUGAAGCAUCUGCGUUGUCUAGUUUGAGUGCGACCCCCGGUUUCAGUCGUGUAUUGGUUGAUUCAGCGUGUCAGAGUGUGAGCAUUGGUCCUACCAGCGCAUCUGUUCCGGCCGAUGUUGGUUUGGCGGUUUCGGACGGUUGGAUUGAGUAUGUGGGCGCCUCGAUGUGUGAUGUCGGAGUUGGUUCGAGUGAGAUGUUUGGACGAGGUGAUGUUUCGGGUGUGGUGUCGGCGCACUUGAUUGGGGAUUCAGUGUCUGACGCCGAUGUUGGUGCUGCUGAACGAGUUGAUGUUGGUGUUGGUCCAUCGGAUCGAUCGGAGUUGAGCUUGUCGUCAGACCGCAUUGACCUACUGCCUCCGCCUCCUCCAUGUCCUGUGUGUUUGACACCUUCGUUUGAUGUGCCGCCAGAGGUUUUGUCCGGUGCAGUUGCUGAGGUUGAUGGAUCGGAUUCGUCAUUGUUGCGGACACAAGCGGAAUUGAUUGCUGAGGUUGAUGGAUCGGAUUCGUCAUUGUUGCGGACACAAGCGGAAUUGAGUGUUGAGUUGCGGUCCCGCGCGCGACAGAUUGAUGUGUUGACGCGGUUGGUUCGAGAUCGCGAGGCUGCAUUGUGUGACGUCCGAUACGUGGUGUCAUCAAUGGAGGCUGAGUGUAGUCGUUUGGGAGAUCGUGUGUUUGAGCUUUCAUCGGAGUUGGAUCGUGUGAAUGGUGUGAAUCGCGUUCUUUCAGCGAAGUGUUUGGAGUUUGGAAUUGAGUGUGAUGGUGUUGAAUCGAGGUUGGAUGUUUGCGGAUUUGAUUCGGAUUCUCACAUUGCUGGUGUUUCGUCCGGGGAUGUGCAAGUUCCGUUGUCAGUGUCCGAGCGCUCAGUUGUGUCGAUUGUGUCGUCGGGUGUGCAAACGGAUCCGGAUGCGGUGUUGUGUCGAUUGUGUCGUCAGGUGUGCAAACGGAUCCGGAUGCGGUGUUGUGUCGAUUGUGUCGUCAGGUGUGCAAACGGAUCCGGAUGCGGUGUUGUGUCGAUUGUGUCGUCAGGUGUGCAAACGGAUCCGGAUGCGGUGUUGUGCCGGUUGCAGCGUGAGCUUGCUAGUGUGCGAGGCGAGCAUUUGCAGUUGCUGAGUGUGUGCGACCGUGCGAGGAGUGAGCUAGCAGCGAAGCAGUUUGCGCCGGAUUGUCUUGGUGUUACGAGUAUUGUGAGCGUUGACGUUGGUCAGCAGACGGAAGCGUGUUUGUUGGAGUCGGUCUCUCCCGUCGGUCUGGGCGUUGAUCAGGAUGUGUUUGGUUCUGUGCCUUGUGAUUCAUUGGCUGCGAGCGGUGCACCUGUCUUGGAUGCGAUAAUUUCGGCUGAUCAUUCGUCGAGUCUUGAGGUGAUUCCAAGUGGUGUACCGAUGUGUGACGUGGAGAAAUCGGUAGUUGGUGUUGAUGUUGUUCUGGGUGACGGGAGGUCAUCUGUAUCAGAGAGAUUCGUUGACGUUGACAUUGUUGGUGAACGUGCAGCACCGGUUGUGGACAGGGUGUCUGCUGGUGUAUUCGAUGUGGUCGAUUCGGAUGUGAUGGGUGCUGUUGGUAUAUUUGUGGAAUCGUCGGAUUUGGAGAGCCGAUUGGCGGAUGCGUUGUGCAGGAUCGAUGUUCUGGAGAAGGAGAAAUGCCAGUUGGAAUCUCAGUUAUCGUCCGUUUGUCCGAGUUCGAUGGUGGAUGUGGUGAACUCGUAUGUGUGCGGAGUGCCCAUUAUGGAUCAAAGUGUUGUAUGUGGGCCAGUUUCUGGGUCUCAUAAUGACUCCUUUGCUAUCGGCGUUGAUCAGGAGCUCUCGCGUCUGCGGUCCCUCCAGUUGGAAUGGUCGCGUGUUGGUUGUUCUAUAGUGGGUGUUUGUGAUACCUUUUUGGGUUGCGAUCCUCGUGAUUUUUCUGUUUCGGAUUUGGCCCCGCAUGUUUUGGAGUCGCGUUGCUCUGCUCUGUUUGAUUUGUUCAGGGAACGUUCGGUAAUUCAGUGUCAGGUUGAGAAUGAAUGCAAUUUAUUGCGUGGACGGCUCUCGGCCUCUUCUGAUUUUUAUAAUGCUGCUGCUCGGGAAUUGUGCAACAUCCGGUCGGUGGUUGACGGUCUUUUUGUUGAGUUGCAGGUGUUGAAAUCCAGGUUUGCUGAGCUGCUUGUGAGGAUCAAUGAGAUGGAUGAAUUAGAAGUAGGCCAAAUGUGCGAGAAUCUCAUUGACUCGUUGUUGUUGAAUACACGGGAUGUUUCGCACAAUGAUGAAUUAGUUCCCCAGAUCCUGCCAUGCUCUUACCCUGCGGAUACCCCGCAGCUUAUUGACGGUUGUGCGGAGGGGUCCCCUGUACUAAUAUCAGAACGGGGGGAUAUCGAUUCAUCCUUCGCCACACAUGAAGUACCUACCAUUUUCGACAGAGUUGCAAUGUUAGGGAAAAAGGACGUAGAGGAAUCUGUUUGUCGGAGUUCUGAUAUUCCUUCUGAAUAUCUCUCAUCAGCUCAACUGAGAUCGACUAUCCGUGCUGUUCAGUCAAAGGAAUGCAGUACACAGGCAAGUCUCAACCUUGCUGUGUUGGAUCGGAAUCUUUGGGUGUUCAAAGAGAACCUCACUGUAAUGAAACGUUUUGUACACGCCACGCUUUCUUUUACUCGUUGGGCUUGCUGCACAUUGGCCAAUGAAAUUAAAUGUCACAUAAAUCUAUCUCCAGCUCAUUAUCGCUCUUUUGCGUGUGAACUCCAAGACUUGAUUGAUCAUCUGCAGCAACUUCAGUCUACUUCCACACUGGAAUUGACUCCGCUGGACGAAGUUGAAUAUUUGGAAGAAUUGAAAGUUUCUGUCGAGAAUUCGGGUAAAGUUUGUGCACGUGCGGGAUCUACCUCCUUGGAGACGAAGUUGAAUGAACCUACACGUAAAGUUUCAACGGAAAUAGCUACCACACUCGGGAUUACUAAUGUCAGUUCAAUGGUUGCGGAUAAUCGAUUGGCAAGUACCAAAACGGAUGUUUUGUCGACGUUUGUUUACGCACUGUGUUUAUUAGUCAGUAAAGACCAAUCUUGCCGCAUCCGUCAUUUAUUGACGAGAGAAAAUCCAUCAGAUGAGUUUGUAGAGGUGCUGAAUGGCCUACUACACAAAGUCGAAAUUCAGCUCACUGCCAUGUCACCGUCGCACGGAAAUUCAACUGAAGACAGGUUCCCUACCGCGGAAGCCACUACAUCACGAAGAUCAAAUUUUUCGGUCGAAAAGUUUUCGUGUUUGCAAAAUUUCCUAAAUCAGCUUAAUGUCUUCCUGAACAAUCCUAGGCUCUCUGUUUGCGAUGUAACCGUUGACGAAUUUCGGUCAUACUUGGAUAACAUACUUAUGAAGCUAAAUUUGGAAGCACCCGUCACAACGUCUCACACAAGCCCUGACCACUUGAUUGAGUCCGCUGAAUUCGCUGUUGAACAAUCUGGUAACAUUCCACUGUCCGUCACGGAUUCAUCCAUGGACCCCAGCCAGUCUCUGAAAAAGGAGUUCCAGACGUUACUUCAAAAUGUCAUACGCUGUCUUUCAGAGUUACCGAGACGUAUUGAAAAUAUGCAAGUUCAGAUGGGGUAUGAAUACAGUAAACCCAAGAUCUGUAGACCUACUGAUCUUGCCAUACCUUUGUCGGACGACUUGUCUCGUAUUCCAGAAAUCAGUGAACUUUUGCUGAUUCUCUCAGUAUUACAUGAAACGCUGGUUCAGUUUGAGGGUCAUAUAAAUGAAUACAGGCAGCGCAUGCGAUCCGAUUUGAUAUCUGCUCAGGAGGAUAUGAAAGUGUUGGAAAUUGAAACAGUUUUGGAGCGUUUGGGUCAAGAAGAAGUGUCUUCUCGGUUGUCGGAGAUGUUGUCGCAUCUGUUACACCCAAGCACAUCUGCUACCACGUCAGCCAGCGCGGCAUCACCUCCCCUUGAACUUAAGGUCGUGGAUGAGCAGACGGCAAGAGCCCCUUCAAUAGAUUCUACAACAGCACCUACGCAUAUUAAGGUCAAAUCAGCUUGUCUUUCAUCUGAUAAUGUGAAUCAUCUAGCAAAUAACGAGGCUUACGAAAAGGAAGGUAACCAGCCCCUUUCACCAGACCGGCGCGAAACUAUUUGUAGCUCGACGUCCGAAAAAACUAAAGAUCAACUGGUUGAGACCAUUCGUCCGCUCUUUUCCGCUGGAAUGAAUGUCGACAUUAGCACUCCCACACCUUAUGAUCCUUUGGGAAUCAAACAGAUUACUACUGCGCAACGGCUACACCGCUCCCACUCCGUUCCAGUACUGCGGGACAUAUGCUUUGGAUGUGUGGAACAUAAUCCGCCUGAAAAGAUGUAUGGAUCGGCCCGUGAUGUCAAAGACUGUGAGAAUGUUUACGCAAAUCAAUCUGCUCGGCGAUUGCACUUAUUGCAAUUCCUCAAUAUACUUGGAGCCUAUUUCCCGGCUUUUUUGUUGCAUUCCUCAAACUAUCUCCACUCUGUGCUCGGUUGUUUCCUGCGACCAUCCACUAUACGCUCAGGACUUCGUUUUCUUCGACACUUGUUGCUAGUAAUUCCCGAUGCUUUGCUGCAAAGCGAGCCAUCAGAACUGGCCGUGCAGCUGGAAAACCAGCUUCAGCGUACUGAAUUGCACCUACGCAGACGGAUGAACUGUCUUCGUGGUCAGUUAGUAUCCAUUUCUCGACAGUCGCUUGAUCUGGGUGCUCGAUCCUCUCAUCCAGAUUUGGACCAAAUCAAUCGCGAACUGGAGGAAGUAACGCGAGGAUACAAAUGCGUGCACGAUUUGUUGCCAGUUCGUUUGCCAUUGCAUCCUGAUGGACCCAGUUGUUCCUCUUUGUUGCGUCUGGCUUCAUUAGGAAAGGAUUUGUGCCCUGCUUUCGAGUCCAUUUUACCUCCACGCAUCCCUUUACUAACCAAUGAAUCAUCAUCAGUUCUCCACAAUGAUCUGUUGAAGCGUCUAUUGCAUUUGAGGGAUACAGAAGUACUUUACUUACUGAUGCUGAUUGGUCACCCAUUACCCCCGACUGAGUCAUCGGUUAAACAAAAACUCCGAAAGUUCGCUAACUGGAACCUUGUCACGCCAAUUGAUUUGCACACCAUGCCUGUGUAUCGCGUCCCGAUCGACACGAUCGAUGCAUCUUUGAGCAUCCCGGGGGCCAUUAGCACUACGAGUAUCAUCACCGCCAAGCCAGAAACAGAUUACUACUCAACUACAUUUUUACGAUCAUCAGUUUCCGGUCCCGAUGAAACCAACGAAACUUCCAAUGCGAUCGUUCCGCGCUCAUCCACGCAGCUGAUUCAUCGCCUGAUUCAACAGUCACGAGAAAUCGUCGAAAAUCUCCGUAUUCGUCCAGACCAACCGUGCCCAUCAUCUUCAUCUGUGGUCGAGGGUGACCUCUACCGUUUCGAACAACGUUUAUCUGAGUUGAUAGAAAAUCUACAGACUGAGUGUUUAUCCCUGCGUAUCUCAGCACAGUCUCCUGGAGCCGCUAAUCCGAAAUCGGCCGUUCCUUCAAUUUCCGAAUCUUCUGAUUAUCCAAAACGGGCAGCACGCCCACCAAUCUCCGACCUUGUCGGUGCAGUAGAUCUUAUGGACGACCUAAUGGAACUACGAAGUUUGGCGAAGCAUCUGUUCGAUCAAUACAACAUAGUCAGCUCUGAACUUGAACACAAUCUGGACAUAAAUUGGUGUUUACGGCAGCGGUUAAAUGCCGCAAAUGAACAGAUUGACCAAAUUUCCAAGCAAAUGUACCGAGGACAUCAUUCAUUAGCCUGUAUGGAAGAGCGCUUGUCUUUGGAGACGGAAAAACAUGCAGCGCUUACAGAACAAUGUGACGUCACUCGCCAACAAACACGCAAAACAGCACAUAUCUUGGAGGGACUUCUUGAAAAACACGAAAAUACUCCUUCCACAAGUGCCGAGGUGCGGUUUGAUUCGGUUCCAUCCUUGGGGCACAGCGCCACAGUCGUGCCUGGACCGACGCUGAAACUCACGCGCAGUACCGAAGAAAUCAGAAAACGACAAGGACUUCUCCCCGUGAUGUACACCCGCCAAAUCACACACCCAAGAAUUGCAUCGACUCCUUUGAAGCAUUCAGUCUCCUCGCAGACAACAAAACAGUCGAAAUUCUCCUGCUUAUCUCUAAACUGUGCUCCGAUGCGUCGAAGAUCUCCUUCAGAUCUAACACCAACUCGUAAGCAUGAAAGACUCCCAUCCCAUCGCAAGCGAACAAUAGCUGACGCAAAAUCUUCCACAACUGCUGCACGAAGACAAACAGAUACAUCAGCAACUUUCCCUUUGUCAUCAACCCCUCGAGAUGAUUCACGCUUUUCGCUGCAGUCCAACAACAAUGCCUUGAGCCUUUCUGAUCCGUCAGCCAAACCGCUUGUGACCACAAGUCACCCCGCAACCAUGGCAGUCGAUUGGCAUAAGGACUCAUCUUAUCCAGCUGAGCAUAUUCUUACAUCUUCGGAUUGGUCGGACAUCGGAACGUUAGAAACCGCGCUGACCCAGUCAAGUACGGUUUCCAUCCCCUCCACUUCAUUAAAUACACACUUUGAAUCCAGAUUAUCAGCCGUGCCAAAGAAACCAAAGAAGCGCAAACCUUUGCUCGGUCGACUUUUCACUCGAAAGCGUUUUAAGAAGAUAUAAUUCCGUGAUUCAUUUGGAUGACUGUUCAACAUGAAUUGUCCACCAACCUCACGCUUAGUCUUUCAUUCUUCGAUCCACCCGGUUCGCUCUCAACAAGCCCUUUAUCUGCAGACUUCCAUACCUCACUUUGGUCCCAUUUACCUCACUUCGUCCGUCAUCUACUCAAAAAAGCGCCAAAUGACUGUUAUGUGACGAAAAAUAGGCAUCCUACUGAGUUUUUUGUCUAAAUUACCCAUCGGGUCUGAGUCAGUCGUAUUCUAGACGGGAUCUACCCGACGAAUUCAUUUAGGUAAGACUGAUGUGAAGUGCUGUCACAACCCAACAAACGCCUUGGUUUCCCAUUCUCCUCUCACUGAUACCUCCAUGUUGCAGUGUUUACCAGUAAAUUCGCCGACUUUUGAAAUCGCUUCAUUUCAUGCGUUUCUGUGACUUUGAAUCGCUGUGAUCAGAAAACCACAUCCUCAUUUGCCUUUCGUUGUUUGCUCUCUUUCUUUCAUGCCUUCUCCCUUUUCACCUACAUUCUCGUUUUAUGUGAUGUUCACUCGAAUUCGCGCCAUUCUGCCACAUUUGUGUGCGUGUGCCAUGUUAACCAUGUAUAGAUUAUCAUCAACCACACUCAUAUUAAAUCGGAG